AUGGAGCCUGUGAAAAAGCUUGUGGUGGGGGGGGGGUCCCCACCGCCAGCAAAAAAAGCAAGUUCUGAAGUCUACCUUGACUGCACCCAUCCUGCAGAAGAUGGAAUCAUGAAUGCCUCUAAUUUCGAGCAGUUUCUUCAAAAGAGAAUGAAAGUGAAUGGCAAAGCUGGGAAUCUUGGCGGAGACUUGGCUGUAACUAUUGAAAGGUGCAUGAGCAAGAUUACUCUAACUUCUGAUGUGUCUUUUUCCAAAAGGUAUUUGAAAUAUCUCACUAAAAAAUAUGUGAAGAAGAAUCUACGGGACUGCGUGCAGUUGCUAACUGCAAAGAGAGUCGCGAACUGUGUUCACUUCCAGAUUAACCAGGAUGAAGAGCAAGAUUAA